GGCAAUAAAAGCCUAAAGACCACGUUCACUCCCCCUUUGUAUAGAAAACUAUGCUGCAUCUUCCAUGCAAAUGCAAAUCCCUCAGUUUUUGAACCUGACCAUGUUCACUUGCUUCCUUCAUAGUCCAGUUAACCUUUCUUGGAUUUUGGGAUUGUAAUUUUAUAUAUACUUUACCCGUAACCCACACGGCCUCAAGCUCUACUUUGAGCUUUUUUUCUAGCAAAUCUAGUAAAAUACUUUUGUAUUAGCGAUGGCAGAGUUUCAGUCCCAGCAAUACAACUGUGGAGUCAAGGGCUCCGCAGAGAGAAAGGGACAUGGUUUCUCCACCAAGUGUGCUUCCUUGGUUAAGCAGCAACGUGCUCGACUCUACAUACUGCGCCGCUGUGCCACUAUGCUCCUUUGCUGGUACAUCCAUGGUGAUGACUAGCAGGCAACAAACGCACACCCUUCCUCAAAUUAUAGGCUUCAUCAAUCAAUGUUAAUCCUGUUUGGUUCUAUGGGGCUAUAGUGUGGUAUAUCUACAAUUUUCUCCUAGUUUCCUUUUGUCUUUUUGGCCUGAUUGGCGUAAUCCUAUUGGGUUUUGAGGGGGACAGGAGAAGUUUAAUGCCGCACUUUUGCUUUUUCACCAAGCUGACAAUAAUCAUCAUAUCGAUGGAGUUGGUAUAUGUUAUAUCAAUAGCUGCUUGCCUGUUGCUGUUAAGGUUAAAUGUAACUCGGUAUUAUGCCUUUUUAAAGUAUACUACUUUUUUCUUUUUCCUUCACUUACCCAACCCUCUGAAUCCUUUUUGGGUAAUUGGGGAAGUGCUAUAAAGUAAUCUGUGAGCUGUGAGUAUAUAUAUAAUAGUAGGAUCUGAUAAAUUUCAUGGAAGAGUCUGUUCGAUUUGCCAGCUUUUUUCUGCACAUGGAAUUAAAUGUUAAUUGUCUGUCCUGAAGAGAUGAUAGAAGUUUGGGAUUUGGGAACCAAGCAUGAACAAGAUAAGUGAAUGGCGAGAUUUCAGAUUGAAAAUUAUUGUUUGCACAAUUGGGGGACCAUAUAUCUUAAAUCUCAGUAAUUGUGCUAAGAUUAAGGCAUAGUUAAUGCAUAUUGCAUCCUGGCAAUAUAUAUUGUGAACUUCUAUCUCUAAUGUUUGCCAUGCGUGUCCCAAAAAGGCAUCAAGCAACCUAAACAGUGAACAGUUUUCUUUGUUUAAUCUUUUCCAUGGUAACUGUUUUAUGCAAGUGGAGUUUGGAUUUCAGGACCAGUUGGUCAGUUUUUGGAUUCUAACAUUGGCUUACAAAGCUACUCCACAAAUUUGAUUACUACAUUUUUUUGAUUAAAUUUGUUGAACAUUUUUUUGUUUCAUGCAUCAUUAAUGUUCUUUUGGCCUACUUAUUGAUCAUAAUGGAGCAGAGCAGACAAAAUUAAUAAAAAAAAUAGAAAAAACUAGAAAUUAAAGAGUAGUUAAGAAUUCAAAUUGCUUUAUCCGAAACAAUAUGCCAUGAGAUAAUAUUCUUACAAAUAAAUGAAACUUACAUCUUCUUCCAUUUACCAAAAAA